GGGCGGGUAUGUACGUGUCGUUUGUGUCCGCUCUCGUCUGUGGCGCCGGUACCGAUCGACUGUGUCUACGUACCUUUGUGUUUACCGUUUGUUUGUUCUGUGUCCGAGUUUCAAGUGACGCGUUGCUUGACAGUGUGCGUGUGAGUGUGCCGCGAAAGAACCCAAUGCUGCGACAAUGCGUGACGUUUUCGGGCCGGGCGACACUGAAGCACGCCGACCAGCAGCGCGGAGUCGCCGGCACCGAGUGAGCGGGUGGUCGGAGCGACCAGAACGCAGCGCCGGACCCAUGCUUGCGUGCUUGCGGGCGACGCUCGCAGAGCAGGAGGCGGGCCUGAGCUGCAAGCAGGGCCUGGACGCGAUCGCCCAGCUGGUGGAGGACGCGGCACGCCUGCGCUCCACGCUGCGCCAGCUCCAGGAGAGCUCCGCCAAGCAGAUCGCCAAGCUGGAGGAGCAGCGCGAGGCCGAGCAGAGGAUGGCCCAGAGCCUGCAGCAGCGCCUGCAGGAGCAGCAGGACUACGAGCAGAUCAAGCGGGAGCUGAGCAUAUACCGGGCGCGCGAGCUGUCGCUGGCCGCCGAGCGCGCGGCGCGGGAAGCAGCCGCCGACCGGACGGAGGAGCGCGACCGCGCCAUGGCGCUCAAGAUCAAGUCGACGCCGUCCGCCAGCACGCCCGUGCACAACACGACCACCACGACGCCCGCGUCGUCGCCGCACGCCCCCCACGCGCCCCUGCCGCCGCACCUGCUCGUCAACGGCUCGCCCAAGAGCCCGUCCGAGGAGGGCGGCCUGUGCAGCAACAACAACACGCUGAGCAGCAACAACAACCUCCUGUCGGCGCCGGGGCUGCUGGGCCCGCACAACGGGCUGUUCAUGGGCCCCGUGCCCGGCGUGCCCCUGCCCGGCCACCACGCCGCGCACAGCCUCAGCAACCUGCUGCGCGACUCGGACGCCCUCAAGAGCCCCUUCCGCUUCGACGAGCAGCGGUCGCCGUUCCGCUUCUCCGAGGACCGCAGCCUGACGCCCAACGGCGUCAUGAUGGGGCGCCUGGGCGAGUCGCUCAUCCCCAAGGGCGACCCCAUGGAGGCGCGCCUGCAGGAGAUGCUGCGCUACAACAUGGACAAGUACGCCAACCAGAACCUCGACACGCUCAACAUCGCGCGCCGCGUGCGCGAACUGCUGUCCAUCCACAACAUCGGGCAGCGCCUGUUCGCCAAGUACGUCCUGGGGCUGUCCCAGGGCACCGUCAGCGAGCUGCUGUCCAAGCCCAAGCCCUGGGACAAGCUGACGGAGAAGGGUCGCGACUCGUACCGCAAGAUGCACGCCUGGGCCUGCGACGAGCACUCCGUCAUGCUGCUCAAGAGCCUCAUCCCCAAGAAGGGCAAGGAAGCCAGCCUGCCGCCCUUCAUCGCCAGCGAGACGCAGGACAUGACGGAGGAGAGGAUCGCGCACAUCCUGAGCGAGGCGUCGCAGCUGAUGCGCGUCCACAACCCGGACGAGCUGCGCUCCAACGAGGACUCUCGGUCGCCGGCCGACAACCGGGGCGAGAACGCGUCCCCGAUGAACCCUAAGGACGGCUCGCCGAGCCGGAAGGUGCGCAAGUAUGAGAACGACGACAUCCCGCAGGAGAAGGUGGUGCGCAUCUACCAGGAGGAGCUGGCCAAGAUCAUGGGCCGGCGCCUGGAGGAGAGCAUGCGCGGCGGCGCGGCCAACCUGGGCAACCUGCCCGGCGCCCGGCCCGGCGACCAGCCGCCCUUCCCCGGCCUGCUGUUCCCGCACUUCAUGGAGGGCGGCGCGGGCGGGCUGCCGCUGGCCGCGCGCUCCCAGGACGACAUCCGCCUGGCGCUCGACACCUACCACCGCGAGCUGGCCAAGCUCAACAUGGCCCCCGGCAUGGAGGGGCUGCCGCCGCCCGUCGGCCUGCCCGGACUGCUGGCCCUGCAGCAGCAGGCCCUCGCCCAGCAGGCGCACGCCAUGCAGCAGCAACAGCAGCAGCAGCAACAACAGCACCAAGAGCACCGAGAGCAACUGCGGAACGGUGAAGCACAGGAUCUUUCUCUGCCCAAGGAGAGGCCCAAGGAGAGCCGGAACAGCCGAGACCGGGAGCUGAACGGCAGCGACAGGGACGAGCGCGGCGACCGGGGGUCCGAGGCCGGCGACCGCGGCGCGGGUUCGGAGCGCGGCUCCAGCGUGGCGUCCGAGGCCGGCAGCACCGCCGAGCGCCUCAAGAAGGAGAUGGCCGAGGCCACGGCCGAAGCCCUGAGGCCGCUCGUCGGCAGCAGCGCCUUCUCGCUCGUCAGGCCCAAGGACGGUGGUGCAGCCACGGCAUCGCCUCUGAGCAACUCGAUUCUGCCACCAGACCAAGCCGGCGCUGACAUGUCGGGCACCGCGGCCGUGUCGCCGCUGCAGAGGAUGGCCUCCAUCACCAACAGCCUCAUCUCGCAGCAGGCGUCCGCGCCGUCGCACACGACGCAGAGCCCGCGGCCCCUCAAGGCCGUGCUGCCGCCCAUCACGCAGCAGCAGUUCGACCAGUUCAACAACCUCAACACGGAAGAAAUUGUGCGAAAGGUCAAGGAGUCCCUGUCGCAGUACUCGAUCAGCCAGCGCCUGUUCGGCGAGAACGUGCUGGGGCUGUCGCAGGGCUCGGUGUCCGACCUGCUGGCGCGGCCCAAGCCCUGGCACAUGCUGACCCAGAAGGGCCGCGAGCCCUUCAUCCGCAUGAAGAUGUUCCUGGAGGACGACAACGCCGUCCACAAGCUGGUCGCCUCGCAGUACAAGAUCGCCCCCGAGAAGCUGAUGCGCACCGGGGGAUACGGCGUCAACCCACCGAUCCCAUCGUCGCGGUCGCACCCCGCCGCCUCGCGCCUGGCCAACCUGCCCGAGGACAUGCUGAGCAGGCUGAGCGACCAGCACGCGCACUCCAAGGCGGCGCUGCUGCAGCACAUGGCCGCGCACCCCGGCGCCCACCACGGCCAGCGCGAGCAGCAGCGGGAGCAGCAACGCGAGCAGCAGCAGCGGGAGCGCGAGCAGAGGGAGCAGCGGGAGCGAGAGCUCCGCGAGCACCGCGAGCGGGACCGGGAGCAGCGGGAACGCCUGGCCGAGCAGCAGCGGGCCGCGGCGGGUGGAGACCAGCACCGCGGACCCUCGCCGUCGCAGCUCCGCGGCCUGCAGCCCCACCUGGCGCCCUCCGUGUACGAGAUGGCCGCGCUCACGUCGGACCUCGACACGCAGACCAUCACCACCAAGAUCAAGGAGACGCUCCUCGCCAACAACAUCGGCCAGAAGAUCUUCGGCGAGGUGGUACUGGGCCUGUCGCAGGGCUCCGUGUCGGAGCUGCUGUCCAAGCCCAAGCCGUGGCACAUGCUGAGCAUCAAGGGCCGCGAGCCCUUCAUCCGCAUGCAGCUGUGGCUGUCCGACCCGCUCAACAUCGACCGGCUGCAGGCGCUGCGCAACGAGAGGCGCGAGGCGUCCAAGCGGCGCCGCGGCUCGGGCGUCAACAACUCGGCCGCGUCCUCCACGCCGGGCGACAACUCGAGCGACACGUCCUCCAACGACACGAGCGAGUUCUACCACUCGACGUCGCCCGGCCCGCCGGCCAAGAAGCAGCGCGUGCUCUUCAGCGAGGAGCAGAAGGAGGCCCUGCGCUUGGCCUUCGCCCUGGACUCGUACCCCAACGUGGGCACCAUCGAGUUCCUGGCCAACGAGCUGCAGCUGUCGUCGCGCACCAUCACCAACUGGUUCCACAACCACCGCAUGCGGCUCAAGCAGCAGGUGCCGCACAGCCCCGCGUCGCCCAGCCCGCGCGAGCAGUCAUCCCCCAGCAGCCAGUCGUUCGACCCGGUGCGCUUCAGGAUGCUGCUGAACCAGCGCCUGGUGGAGCUGCAGAAGGAGCGCCUGGGCGGCGUGGGCGCGGGCCUGCCGCUGCCCUACCCGCCCUACUUCGCGGGCAACGCCAACCUGGCCGCGCUCAUCUCGAGGGGGCUGCUGCCGGCCGCGGCCGCCGCGGGCUUCGCCGGGCUGGCUGGCCCCGAGCCCAAGGACUUCAACGGGCUGGACCUGUCCAUCAAGCGCGAGAGCGACGACGACGAGGACGACGCCAUCUCCAACCCGGGCUCCGAGGACUCUGCGUCCGACAUGUCGCGGCGCACGCCGCUCAAGCCGGACGCGGCCCUGGUGGCGGGGCUGGCGGGGCUGGCCGGGCUGGCGGGGCUGGCGGGGUCGGCCCUGUCGGCGCCCUCCGGGCCGCCACGGUCCUCCAGCUCGCGACGCAAGCCCGCCGCGCCCCAGUGGGUCAACCCCGACUGGCAGGAGGCUAAGGACAAGGAGGUCAUCAUCAACGGCGUGUGCGUGAUGCAGACCGACGACUACAAGCUGCCGAACCGGUCCUCGCAGGAGGAGACGGUGCGCGUCGAGCCCACCGCCGUCCUGGACGCGGAGCGCUACAACGCGGAGCACGACGACGACAGCGACGACGCCAUGUCGCCCAGGAACAACGCGGCGGCCUCCUCCUCGCCUCGUGGGUCGCCUCUGCUGCAGAGGGACGACGCCGAGGACGACGCCGAGGACAUGGACGUGGAUAGCCACCCCGGCGGCCGACGGUCGCCCUCGCAGGGCAGCCAGGACGACCACGAGCCCCAGGAGAGGCGGCACGGCCUCGGGGACGACGGGGCGGACGAGGACAGGGACGGGAGGCCGUCACCCACCUCCUCGCCCGUCCACACGGACGUCCACACGGACGUCGACCCGGCACUCAGCUAGGUCUAGUAGUCAAAACCACUGUGAACGCCCAGAACAAUUUAGAAAAAAGUGUUUUUUGUUUUAUUUUAAAGUAUUUAUAAAAUAUUUAAUUGUAUACUUAAUUUGUUUGUAGGGUCUGUGAUGGUAAUUCAGGUGUUUGCGGAAAGGCCGUUGCAUAUCUCACCAUUGUUGAGAUGGGAAGCUGCAACCUAAAUUGUAGGUUUCAAUCCCUUUUUUUUUUUCUUUUUUUUCCCUCGACAUUUUGAUUGCUGAGCC